CUCUCUCUCUCUCUCUUUAGAAAUAUUCAUACGAUAGAUAUAUACACACAACAAUGGUUAAAGUUACAGUUUGCGGAGCCGCCGGUGGUAUUGGUCAACCAUUAUCACUUCUUUUGAAACUCAAUGAGAAAGUUACCGAUCUUGCACUUUUCGAUAUUGCUAAUGCAAGUGGUGUUGCAGCUGACUUAUCUCAUAUUUGUACUCCAGCCUCGGUUAAGGGAUAUCUGCCAUCCUCGAAGGAUGAUAAGGAAACUAUCAAAACUGCCCUCAAGGGCUCUGAUCUUGUGAUUAUCCCAGCUGGUGUUCCAAGAAAGCCAGGCAUGACUAGAGCUGAUCUUUUCAAUAUCAAUGCUUCAAUUAUCAGAGACUUGAUAGCCAAUGUUGGGAAAACUUGUCCAAAUGCUGCAAUUUUAAUUAUUUCCAACCCAGUCAAUGCUACAGUUCCAAUUGCUGCUGAAGUACUUAAGAAGCUUGGAGUUUUCAAUCCAAAGAAAUUAUUUGGGGUAACCACUUUAGAUUCAGUUAGAGCUGAAACUUUCCUUGGUGAACUUAUAAAUGAACCACCAACUUCAUUAAAGGGUAAAAUCUCUGUCAUUGGUGGCCAUUCAGGUGACACCAUUGUACCUCUUAUCAACAUUAACAAAUCAUUGACCGCUAAUGUAUCCAAGAUACUGGCCUCUGACUAUAAAGAAUUUGUUAAGAGAGUGCAAUUUGGUGGUGAUGAAGUUGUCAAGGCUAAAAAUGGUGCUGGAUCUGCUACAUUAUCAAUGGCUUAUGCAGGUUACAGAUUUGCUGAGUACGUUUUGAACUCUUUGGAUGGUUCUACAAGUGCUGGCUCACUUGUUCCAGACUCAGCCUAUAUUUAUCUUCCUGGUGUACCUAAUGGACCAGGUCUUUCUUCUAAAUUGGGAGGUGUUGAUUUCUUUUCAGUUCCUGUCAUUCUUGAAAAGGGUGAAAUUAAGUCUUUUAUUAAUGUCUUUGAAGAUUUGAAUGUUACAAGCGAAGAGCAAAGCUUGGUUAAAGUUGCUUUAGAAGGUUUAAAAUCUUCAAUUACCCAAGGUACUCAAUUCGUCCAGGGAUCAAAGUUGUAAUAUAGAGAAGAAAAUAACAGACAUAUUACAUAUUUUAGUAGAUAAAUUGAGAAUAUAAAAAAAAUAAAUGGUUCGGUUUUAUUUA